AUCCUGUGACCUAAGAAGGUCCCUGCCAUCUCCAGGGAUACUGUGGAGCCAGCAAAUGUUUGUCACAUCCGGUCCGGAAGGCCUGGCCAGCUUCAGAAGGCUCCUUCUUGCUGACCCAGACCCCUGACUGUCCUCUUGCUCCUGUCCUCGCCCUCCCAUUUGCAUGCCUGAAUUCCCUGAGGGACCAGUUCCUGCUGCCCUAUCUGCCAGCUCGGCCACCCUCUAAGAGGACUUAAGUGAAUUUCGAGACCAGUGCACGCCAGGCAAUGAGGGAACAGCUGGCUGUCUCUCCUAUGCUGGUCAGGUGGAUCUUGCCGAUGGACAACAAUCAGUGGCCCAGGGAACACCUGGAACGUAGGCCCUCGGAGCUGUGCUUUGCCAAAUGAUAGCUCUUUACUUGACUGGGACAUCGAGCUGCUUUCCAAGGCAGAAGAUGACAGUGGAGAUGGAGAAUUCUCAAGAGCCACUGGUAGAUGUCCCUCCAGAGUCACUAGAUGUCACUGACAUGUGUGCAAAUGGAAGAUUUGAAUUCCGAGCAGAGCUGCACCUGUUAGCCCAGGACCUGCAAACUGAGCUUCAAGCGGUGAAGGUCCCCAGGAGAAUGCAGCCACAGGUGAUUCGUUCCUCCCUGAAGAGGUGAAGUCAGGUGCUGUUGCUGCAGGAGGAAGCUGAGCAAGGAGGAAGAGGAGGAGGAGGAGGAAGACGGGCGAGGGAGAAGCAGGGCACCCGAGUGGAGCCCACACAGCUGAGUCUAUAGCCCACCUGCCUGCUCAGCUGACUCCGGGGACCCUCAGGGACAGGCUGGGCUUGUCCUCUGUUACGAGCCAGGAGAUCAGUCUUGGGUCCCGAGCUGCCCCCUGCCCGCUGGCCUGGUAUCUGCUCUGCACCCCCUGGGACGGUGGCUCUUGGCAAACGUUGUCCGCCAGUUUCCUGCUGUCUUGUCUGUUCCUGCCUUUGCCGAGCAUGGCCUCCACAGGAUUUCAGGACUAAUCCUAAACCCUGGGCCCCACAGCUCCUCUGAGAGGCCCCCAGGACUGACUCCAGAGGCUCUCAGUUCCCCCAGACUCCGAGACCAACCCCACCCCAGCUGGAUGCAGCACUGCCAGAGCCGGCCCCAGCCUCGCCAACUGCCUAGCCUUGCCCGCUGCCUUCCGCGCCCUCCCAUGUCUGACUGCCCUGACAGACUCUAGAAUGUCUGCGCCCCAGAUCCAAGUGGAAGAUGUGGGUGAGAAUGAGGAGCAGGAGGGAGCAGCUGCCCCCCCGGAUGACCAUCUCCGAAGCCUGAAGGCCCUGACCGAGAAGCUGAAGUUGGAGACACGCAGGCCUUCCUACCUAGAGUGGCAGGCUCGGCUGGAGGAGCAGACAUGGCCAUUCCCUAGGCCACCUGCAGAGGAUGCGAGCUCAGAGCAGGCAGAGUGUGCGGCCAGGGAGCCCUUGCUGGGCUGGACAGAGGCCAGAGAGCACCCACCACUUCCCAGGAGCACCCAGGAGGGCGACAGGCCACUGUCCACAGGCAGCAAGCUGGAGGGCUUCCAAAGCAUGGAUGAGGCUAUCACCUGGCUCAGGAAGGAACUGGCAGAGAUGAGGCUGCAGGACCAACAGCUGGCCAGGCAGCUCAUGCGCCUGUGUGGGGACAUCAACAAACUGAAGAUCGAGCAGACCUGCCACCUGCACAGGCGGAUGCUGAACGACGCCACCUAUGAGCUGGAGGAGCGGGACGAGCUAUCCGACCUCUUCUGCGACUUGCCCCUGGCCUCUGCCUUCAGCCUCUCCACGCCACUCAAGCUCAUUGGAGUCACCAAGAUGAACAUCAACUCCCGGAGAUUCUCCCUCUGCUGAGGGGCCUGAGGGGUGGGCCCAGAGCUGAGGGCGUUACUUCCUGGCAGCUAAAGUGGGGUGCCCAGACCUGGUGGGAGGUGUCUGCUGGGGUCCCACCUGGGGGUCCCAGUGUCUCCACAACCCGGGGUCCUGUUCCGUUCACAGAGUCUGCACAAGCAGGGUGCGCACUGGGUUCCCACCUCCUCCCUCCCUCAGCAGCCCACAUUCCUGUGUCUAGAGUCAUUGGUGCUGUGAACUGGGGUCCUCCACAGGGCUCCCAGAACUUUGUUCUCACGAGAGGCUCCCCAGGGGUGUAAGAAAUGAGAGAAGACCAGUAUACUAAUCCUGUGCUGUUGCCACCCAACUCCUGGCUCUAAGGAGGUGACCCAGUGACCUUGAUAGGAACCCACUAGGAUCCCCAAAAAGUAGCAGAGUGGCUCCUCAGCCAGCAGCUGGCCCAGGCUCCCAGCAUUCUCUCAGCUUGGCACUAAAGCAUCUUGGACACUUUCCAGAGUGGCCUGGACGUGUGGUGAGCACGCACUGGCCUCACUUGGGUAGAGCAAGACCAGACACCCUGUUGACUGUCCCCCCAGCCAUUCCCCUGCACUGUCACCCACAUCCCCCAGGAGCGCCUGGCAGGCUGGGAACUGAUUUCCAUUGGCCAAAUCCUCCAGGAGGGCACAUCUCUGAGAGUGUCACCUAUAUCACCUCACUGUGUCUCACCAGAGAUGCCACCCAGGGAGCUCACGAGCUACCUCUGAGACUGUCUGGCCUACAGUGUUCCUAGACUGUCACUCUGCCACCCUGUGUGGCUUACUUGUGGGUCACUGCUGGAUUCUCAUCUGAGCAGGCAAAUGGGUGACUAGGUCAAGCAGAGUUAGAUUUGGCUCUCGGAUUCCUGGCGUUAUCGCUGUUCGAGCUGAGCUGUUCCUACACUUACAGCACAUGGUGCCUGGGGUGAUCCCAAGAUCAGGCAUUCCCGAGGCCUUUGAGGGAUCUUGUGGAGCCCUCUGACUUACAAAGGGAAGCCGGGCUGGGAGGUCCUCGUGAAUGAGGCCUCCCCAGAUCACACCUCACUGAGUUCGCACCCCAAAGAUGGCCCUGAUGCUUUGCCAAGGCCAAAGACUGCAGCCGCUCUCCUCUCCACCCGCUCAGGUGGACCCAAGGGCACAUGUCUGCUCGUCACCGUCCUGCCGUCUAACCAGGCAACUGACCCCACGUACCUCACCUCUUUCCUGCAGGAGUUUCCAUCCACACACACCAGGGCCCACUGAGGAGGGCCCGGCUUUGGGGGCUGUGAGUGGGAAGACACAAACAAGUGGCCCCUAACAGCCGACAGGGAACACAGUGUCUUCAUGGUGGUCUCCAAGAGCCAGAAAGUUUGUGCUUGCAUCCAAGAGGGUAGAAUGAUGUAGCCAGGAUUUCCUGUCACCCCAAAACCCUGGGGACUCAUCCUGACUUCCCACACUGCCGAGUCCUGCGUGGUGUCCCUUUCCUGUCACUUCUGUCCAUGAGUCCAGACUGUCCUGGAGUCGUCCCCACCGCCCCGCAGAGGAAUGCCGGAGCCCACCCAGAUUCUGAAAAAGAGCCUGAUCAGUUGGGUUUUUUUUCAGAAUCAGUCAUAGCCGUAGGAGAAAAGGACUGAAGGAAACUGGGUUCUUGAGUGGGGUGCAGCUGAAGAGCUUGAGGCUCAGUUAAGCCAGUUUUCCUCCUUGCUUUGUUCACCUGGAAGAAUCAAGCCCCAGAGACCCGGUUUGGGAUAGGUUGGAUGUCUUAGCUUUGUGUUUGUUUCAUCCUGAGGAUUUUAUUUAAGUGGGGCGAGGGGGUCAGAGAGGUGGCUGGAAAGACAGUUUCCUGCACAUGGCCCGGCGUCUGUUAGCUCCCGCCUUCCACGAUGAACUGAAGCAGCUGACUGAGUCAUUCAGCCCCAUCUGUGAGGUCCCCACUCUGUGUGGGCAGUGCUGGCCCCGUGUCUGCAGUCAACUCAGCAUGUAAAUAAGGACCGUCCACAGUUUUGCCUGUCACCACCCCAAGGAUGUAAGCACAGUGCUCCUGCCACAAGUGGUCUGGUCCACUGCCUUCAGGGGCUCUGUCUGUAGCAAUCACAGAAACCUAGAGGGCCUGGGCGGGCUCUACCUGGCCUGGCCUCACCUCGACCAACACCUACCCUGUAGCAAUACCAAGUGCUAUUAUGUAAUCAAUGAACAAUUUACAACUUUAUUUUUUAUGAUUAUGUUUCUAUAUUGCUGUUAGAUAAAGUGAAAUAAAAAUAUUUCAAAAGAA